UCUCGAGCAAAAGACUAGUCAAAUAGCAACGUAUCGGCAGCGCGCUUCUGAAAAUAGAACAGAAAAAAAAUCAAAAACUGUUUUGUGUGUAUAAAAUCGGAAUUUUGUAAUCUUAUUUAAUAUAAAAUUACGUGAGAUCUCGUGAAGGAUCGGCACCUCGUACUUACUUUGUAAACUUGAUCUUGACAGUGAAUGAUGGGAAUCAGGUUGAAUAUUUACUUAUUUUUGGUGAUUGUGACAACACUUCGGCUACAUUUCGCCACAGCUGCAACAAGCGGUGACUCCUGCUUUACGCCAAGUGCCAUGUCAGGAUCUUGCAUUAACUUGGAAGAAUGUCGCUACCUCUACGAAUUGGUGCUAGAUCCAAAUCUUUCGCGAAACGAUCGUAUGUAUUUGCGUAGCAGUCAGUGUGGAUAUAAAAAUGGCAAAGUACUGAUAUGUUGUCCACCAAAUUAUCUAAAACUAAGCGCUACUACAACUCCCCAUCCAGCACAAGCUGACACAGCCAUGGUUUUCCCAGAAUCGGUUGCUUUAAAGACAACUGCAACCACCACCUCUUCCAGCGUCAACAUUAAGGCCAACAAUUCACAAUUACUACCAAAUUUUCCAGAAUGCGGUAAUAUGCUUGAGAAUCGUAUUUAUGGUGGCACCGAGACGGCGAUAGAUGAGUUUCCUUGGCUGGCCUUAUUGGAGUACACAAACCGUAAUGGCGGAAAAGGGUUUCAUUGUGGCGGAGUAUUAAUAAACGAUCGAUAUGUGUUAACAGCGGCGCAUUGCGUUUUUGAGAAAGACAUUCCAUUUGGUUGGCGUUUGACCAGCGUACGUUUAGGCGAAUGGGACACACGCACUGAUCCCGACUGCACAGCGGAUGGUUGUGCGCCCAAGUAUAGAAGUAACUACAUUGAACGGACCACAACACACCCAGGUUAUGGAAAACAUAAUGACCCUAACGACAUAGCUUUGGUACGGCUCACAGCAUCGGUGCCAUUCAGUGAUUAUAUCAAACCAAUUUGUUUACCGAGAUCACAAAGCCUUCGUAAUGCUACAUUCUUAAAUUAUGUAAUGGAUGCGGCCGGUUGGGGUAAAACUGAGAAGACUAAUAAUAAUCCCGUUAAAUUGAAAACCACCAUUAAGAUUAAAGACUUCAGCGGAUGUGUAGACAAAUAUUCGGUUUUAUAUAAUAUACCUUUGGAGAGUUCACAAUUGUGUGCCGGUGGUGACGGGGACAACGAUACUUGUAGCGGCGAUUCUGGUGGUCCACUAAUGUUUCAAGAUAUCGUAAAUGGUAAACCGGUUUAUUUUGUGGCGGGUAUAGUAUCGUUUGGUCCUAGUUUAUGCGGUGUUGCUGGUUGGCCGGCGAUUUACACCAGAGUUGGCGCUUUUAUAGAUUGGAUUGAGAGCUCAAUAGAACCAUAGUAGGUUAACGGGUGUAACAAUUUUCAAUGUGCUAUAAAUUAUUAUUGUGCUGCAAGCAUAACUGUGUAUGUUGUUAGUCUAUAGAAAAAAAUACAAAAAUAAAACUGUGUUACUGAAAUAUUAUCAUGAAACGAAUUA